CUACAUUCACCUGUUCACUACCGCCAUAGGUCCAAACGUUGCCUUCUUCGCCGUGAACGUGGAAUUUCAGCAAGACGACGGUAUUGCGCAUGCUUGCCGAUGAAGGCGUUGAUCAUGCAUCAUGAAUCAGCAAUGUUUCGCCUGCUUAGGUUCAAUCGGAGAGGUCUGGGAGAGGUUGCGAUGUUUGACGAAGCUCGGUUUUGGCUCGUUAGAAACCCAAGCGACGCCGUGAUCAUUGACUACGCAAAUCUUGAGCUACACUCAAAUUGACUACCUAUUCCCGUGAGGCUUUAUGAGG